AUGAGCAGGAAUUUCUUUGUCAUCUCCUGUGAGUCGUGUAAGGCUUUCUUCCGAAGACAUGCACUCAAAGUGAAACCAUUUAUAUGUCCACAAUAUGAUGGAAAGUGUGAUAUUGACGCCAAUACUAGACAAUUGUGUAAGAAAUGUAGACUUGAUAAGUGCUUUGCAGUCGGAGUUAAUCCGAAGCGAAGGGGAAAAUGUAUGGCGAAAACUCUGCCGACAAAACUCACUACAACGAAUAUCACCGAAACUGAUCUCAACGAACAGAUCCGUGAGAUUGAAGACUGUGUGACAACUAAUACGUCAAAAGCAUAUCAGACUUUGGAUGAGAUUCGCCGCAAAUACCACGAGAUGUCCAUAAAUCCCAUAUUCAAAGGGCUGACAGACUAUAACGGCUGGAAUCAGUUGGAAACCCGACGUAUGUCUGAACUACUGAUGGCGUGUCAAGUGUUAGACUAUCCCACGGCUAAGACUAACCUACGGCUCAAAGACAAGAACCAAAUGGUGAUAAUGACCACAAGUAAAACCGAUCACAAAAUCCGUGAUUUUAUCACGUUUUCAAAGAGUCUGAACGGAUUCGCCGACUUGUGUCCGACGGAUCAGUUGGCGCUCUUCAAGUCCGGAUCACUGGGUUUACUGUUGUUAUCAAUAAUGAUGUGUUAUAAUGAAGAGACACAAGGAUUUAACAUGUUUGUUGAUGAGGAGAAGUCUGUUGUGUUUAGUUUUGAUGAUUUCCAGUUCAGAGACUUUGAUUAUUUAGGCGUUUGGCGAGAGUUUGUGCUCAGUUUGUGGCCAAUACUCAAGUCGGAUAACAUUGUCAAACACUUGUUAACGGCGAUAAUACUGUUUAAUCCUAAUUAUCCCAAUCUUAAGCACAAACAUAAUGUUGAACUCGAACAACAACUGUAUAUAUAUUUACUGCAAAGAUAUCUACUAUUGAAAUACGGAUCGGAAUCACAGCCAAGACUACAGAAUCUAAUGUUAUUAUUGAAAGACUUGCAUAUAUUGAGAGAAAUACAGCACACAUUUGGGGCCACAGAAUGCCAACAAUAUUCACCAUAUUUAGGUCCACUCGUUAAAGAGAUUUACGAUUUAUCCUAA